AUGUUUUAACGAUAUCACAAUGAAGAUUACAGAUCUGAACAUAGACUGUCUUCUGGUGAUUUUCAAGUACUGCUCCGAGAGCGAGUUGAUGUGCCUGGCCAAGGCUAACCAGCACCUGGGCAGGAUUAUAGAUGCUCACAUAUUUUACCCACUCACGAGGGACUUACUGCUGUGCGGCCAUAGAAACGAACCUUGUGUUGAGAAAAGAAACAAAACGCAUCUUACUCAUCAAGAGAGACUUCAAGUAUCGAGAAAUUGGCUGAGCGGUACCUACAGAGAACGUCCCUACUACCACCACGCGCACCUCUUCCCCACGAAGUUGUUCCUCGAAAGGGACGCUCUGUACGUCACGCAUGACAGUUAUUUACGCAAAUACCUGCGACCGGCUAAGGAGGCUCUGCCGCGUUGGUUUGACGAAGAAAUUACCACUGCCACAAGGAGCGACAUAUCGGAUUUUCUAAAGAAACAAGAUACGCUCUUUGCGGGUCGCAUCUGUGGCGCGUGCUUUCUGUGCGAUGAGAAUGGAAUCACAGAACAACAAAUGCAUCAGCCCAACGAGUACCUAUACAGCGUCGACUUCAUCAACGAUGUGUUUGUCACCAGCACGGAUGCCUGCUGCAAGGUGUGGCAGCGCUCCCAAGAGUUUGGACUCACGCACUUUGAUCUGGCCAUAAAACUGGAGCAUUCAUUCAAGUCUCUAAAGUUGAGUGCCGACGGGGAAUGGCUCUACGGGGGUCUCUACACAGACAAGGGUCGACGGGCAUUGCGAGCCAUCCACGUGGAGAGUGGCGAGGAGGUGGUUUACAAUUCAAACACCAUUUCCAUAUAUGAUCUGAAGAUAAAGGAUGAGCAUGUUCUCUUUACGGCUAAUUUCGAUACGACAUUCAGAAUGUUUGAUCGCCGCAUUGAUCGAGAUGUCGCCAUUUGGGAGGAUCCGUUCGACUCUUCAUUUUACUGCCUCGAGUACGAUGGCCUUUACGCCGUGCUCUGCGGCACCAACCGACACGCCCGCGUCAAUCUCUACGACAUUCGAAUGCCCAAAUACGUGCAGUUGUUCUUUCCCGGGCGAACGCGUCAACAGAACUGCCAGUCGCCCGUCUACAGUCUAGCCUGUGAUAGCCAAUAUUUGUUUGUGGCCACGGACCACAAUCUGCGUGUGUUCGACUUCAAAGCCAACUGCGGUGUACGCAGGGACUAUAGUCGCAUCUAUGAUUUCAAUCGCUAACAAAAAUUUGAUUUUCAAUUAGUUGAAUUGUAGAGCAGAAUCGAAAGAGUGACAUCAGAAAGGUAUAAAUUAUUAUUAAACGGACCUGAUGCACUUUGACCAUUUAUAUAUAUAUUAAUUGCUUUACAAAGUAAAAACAAAGCAGUGUUGGGUAAUGGUGGAAACGCUGCCCACCCAAGGGGCUGCUCAGAUCAGCUAGAAGCAAGUGGCAAAACAAUAAUUUAUAAAACCAAUGCCAAAAUCGUAUUUGAAGUAUUAGAUAUUUUUUGAAAACAAAUUUUAUUGACCUGCCGACAAAUUGGAACCACAAAACUUAAUUAGCUAAAUUAGAAACUUUAAAACAUCCACUUAAAAAUCAUGUACACAAAAGUUAUGAUAGAAACUUAUAAGUAUGCACGAAUAUCGUAUCGUAAAGGCUACAUGUAUGUACCUUGAUGCAUGUAUGUAUGUAUGUAAUACGUGAUGUACAUGGGAGUGUACGUUGUGCGCGCUAGACUUUGACAUUCAAAUUGCAAAUUUCCUGGUCAAGUUGUGUAUUUGUAAUACGUUUCCGUGAGGUGAGCCAUAAUCCUAUCACUGUAGAAAAUUAAACUAAAAACUACCAGAAAUCGUUGUAACCGUACACAAUUACUACUUUUCGUAUCUUACAAUGUUAUGCUAGUAAAAACACAUACACACAUAUGUCGGAAACCGGAAAGGAAAGUGGAACAGUUCGGCCAAAAUUCGUCGUGGUUGGUUUGGUUUAGUUUUUUUAGCAGGCACUUUAUCUAUUCUGUAAUUUGAUGCAUUUACAACAACUGGCAGCAGCAGCGGCAACCUCUCUCGAUGUAUAAACUUAAGCC